AGCCCACAGGCUGUCCUGUCCACGGAGCCCACAUGCCAGAUUGUCCUGUCCAUAACACCCAUGUGCCAGGCCAUUCUGCCCACAGCCCACACCCAGGUCAUCCUGUCCACAGAGCCCACACGCCAGAUCAUCCUGUCCACGGAGCCCACGUGCCAGGCCAUCCUGUCCAUGGAGCCCACGCCUGAGGGGCUCGCCCUGUGGCACAUCGAGGUCCAGGAGGGGCAGCUGGAGGCCUUCAGGGAGGCGGAGCGGGAGGAGAAGGAGGCUGAAGACAGGCGCCGCCGGGUGCGCAGGGCAGAGAGGCUCCUCCAGGAGCAGGAGGCCCAGGGGAAGGCGGAGCAGAGUCGGCUGCUGAGGCUCCGGAAAUCCUUGCUCACCCGGAAGGAGCUCGGCCGCAGGCACCAGCAGCUGGCGGAAGAUGCCCAGAGGAGUCGCAGGGCCGCUGUGCAGUUCCUGAGGGCCUCGCUGGGCAGGAUCCGAGAGCGAGAGGCGCAGGAGGCGCUGGCGUCCCGGGAGCAUCUGCAGAGGCGCAUGGACGCAGUGCUGGCACUAAAGGGCAGCAUCUCGGCCAACCGGGAAACAUUGCGGAAGUUUCAAGCGUGGGGCCAGGCCAAGGCAGAGCUGGCGGAGCGGAGGGCCCAGGCUGAGCAGGCGGCCGUCCUCGCCCAGGGCGGGGAUGCGUUCAGGCACCUUUUCCACCAGCAGCGCAACCAGGAGCUGGAGGCCCAAAGGCGGGCCUUUGAGGAGGGUCAGAAGCUCAGGAGGCAGGAGAUCAUCGGUCGGAUUUUGAAAGAGAAAGCAGAGGAGGAGAACAGGAAGAAGCAGCCUCCCUCCACCAGGGCCACAUGCCAGCUGACCCUACGAGACAAGACGUGGAGCUACGUCUCGGACGUCUGUGAGGGGAAGACCGCAGCCCCGACCAUCACGGAGUCCCUGGAGGACGAUGCUGUUGCCCACCACAGGCCCUCCCAGCUAGUGGAGGCCAUCUCCAGUGAGUCCGUGCAGGUGGACCCCGGGACCAUCUCAGAGGAGGAAACGUUAGCCGAGCCUGAAAUCUCUGGCCUCUGGAGCGAGGGCUACAAGCCGUACCAGGUGCCCGAGGAGGAUGUGGACCGCAAGCCCGUGGGUGGGACCAAGAUGGACAAAGACAUCCUGGCCCGCACCAUGGAGCGGCUGCGUAGCCGGCAGGUCCAGAAGCAGGUGGUGUCAGGGCGUGAGUACCAGGGCCGCCCCUUCAACAGCAAGCCAGAGCGCGUCCACUUCAAGGACUUUGAUGUUGGCAAAGUGUACAAGAAGAAGAUCACGUUGAUCAACGCCACCUACACCAUCAACUACUGCAGGCUGGUGGGCGUGGAAAGUCACCUCCAGGACUCCAUCCACGUGGACUACGACCUUCCUGGCCCCAUGUCGGCAGGGAUGUCCUGUGAAGUGCUUGUCACCUUCAAGCCCAUGGUAAACAAAGAUCUUGAAGGAAACAUCUCAUUUUUGGCUCAGACGGGAGAAUUUUCUAUUCCACUGAUAUGUUCAACAAAGAAAUGUUCUCUGUCGCUGGACAAGGAGCUCAUUGACUUCGGCAGCUACGUGGUGGGAGAGACGGCGUCCCGGACUAUCUCGCUGACCAACACGGGGGGCCUGGGCACGAGCUUCAAGUUUCUUCCGGCCUCAGAGCUCUGCAACAUGGAUGACUCACAGUCCCUUCUGAAGUCGAGCAGUCUCUUCACAUCCGAGGAUAAAAGUGUGUUUGACAAAGUCGUCACCAGCCUUUCCGAGCAACAGCUAGAAGGUAACGAGUCCUCCCCAGUGGACGCCCAGAGCCAGAAGGAGUCAGAGGAGAUAGACGGCCAGGGCCAGGAGAACGGGCUGUCUGCAGGUGAGCCAGCAGAACCAGAGAGAUUAAACACCCUGGAGAUGCUUCCCAGUGAGGAACAAGCAGAGAUCACCCUGGGAGAGCUGACAGAGGGCGACAUCGGCCCCUUCAGCUCCAUCAGAGUGCCUGUCAUCUUCACUCCAAUCAUCCCAGGCCAGGUGAAAGCCAAGUUCAAGGUCACGUUUAAGAACCCACAGUGCCCAACACUGUAUUUCAGUGUCACCGGCGUGGCCAUGGAUGUGCCUGUGUGGGUGCUGAGACCCAACGUGGACCUGAAGAUCUGCAUGUAUGACCGGCUCUACCAGGACUCCGUGCUCGUCCACACGCGGUCAAAGGCAGCCCUGCGCCUGAGGUUCGAGGUGUGCCGGGAGCUCAGGGGACAUGUGGAGCUCCUGCCCGAGAUGGGCUACAUCCAAGCCCAGUCGUCCUACUCCGUGCAGCUCAAGUUCCUGCCCCGACAGUCCCUCCCAGAGGAUGCGGGGAGGUAUUUUGACAAGGAGAGUCGCGUUCUGGAGGCCCCGAUGACCAUAUGGGUGGCCGACCAGGUCAAGCCGGUGAAGUUCACCAUGCAUGCGAUUGUCACCACCUCGGACCUGGAGCUCAGCCCCACAGAGCUGGACUUUGGGCACUGCACGGUCUACGAGGCCAUCAGGACCGAAGUUCACCUGUGCAACCACUCACUCCUGCCCCAGGAGUUCGGCUUCGUGGGCCUUCCCAAGUUUGUGGACAUUCAGCCCAAUGACGGGUUUGGGACUCUUCUGCCCCUGGAGACACUGACGCUCGACGUGCUAUUCCAACCCACCAAGGCCAAGGAGUACAGUUUCGAGCUGGUCUGCAAGUCCGAGGUCAACCGGUGCUUCAAGCUGUCCUGCCGGGCCAUGGGUGUCCAGCCGCCCUUGGAGCUGUCCCACUACCAGAUCAAGUUUGCGGCCACAGCCUUGUAUGACACCUCCGUGGCCACAGUGUACGUCAGCAACUCCCACCUGAGCAUGAACCCACUGGCCCGCACCAUGCCCCGCAUGGGCUCCGAGGACACCUCCCGGCUGGGGCCCACUUCCUUCCAGUUCCUGCCUCCCCCGGACUCACCAAUCACCAUCUCACCCUCCGUGGGGACCGUGUGGCCAGGAAAGAGGUGCCUGGUCCAGGUGGCCUUCCGGCCCAUGCUGCCCAGCGAGCUCAUCCGCCAGGAGGCCCUCCCAAACAUAACCAAAGAAAUGGUGACCAAAUGGUUGCACAAGGACCCAGUCACCCAGAGGAAGGAGGGGCGGAGACAGUCCCUCUCCAUGCUGCGGCCCCAGAACCGGGCCCGGCAAUUCCGGGCCUCCGCCCCCCACACCUCAGAGCUCAAGGCCAGGACGUGGGUGAUCCCCUGGCUUCAUUCCAGUUCCGAAGAGUACCAGGCUGCCCAGGCCAACCUGACCAGAGCUUUCCAGGGGAGGUUUGACAAGUUCGUGGUGCCCUGUGUCAUUGCCAGUGACGACCUCCAAGCCAGGCAGGGGUCAGAACCCCCGAGCUUCAGCCCCCACAACACCCUGUACCUGGAGCUGUGGUGCCCAGCGGUGGCACCAUCCAUCGUGGUGACAUCCGAGAGAGGCAAGACCAUCCUUAACUUCGGCCAUGUGGCCGUGGGACACCGCAGCAUGAAGAAGGUCUCCAUUCAGAACAUCGCCCCUGAGGACCUUUCUCUGGAGUUCUCCCUGCUGAACCCCAAUGGCCCCUUCGUCCUGCUGAAUCCCUGCAGCAAGCUGCGCACAGGCGAGACGCAGGUCCUGGUGCUGUCCUUCUCGCCCCAUGAGAGUGUCCUGGCCCAGGAAAUGCUGGACAUCAUCACCAAAAGAGGCACACUCACCCUCACCCUCUUGGGCACUGGGGUGGCAUCCAUGAUCACCUGCUCCAUUGAAGGCAACGUGCUCAACAUGGGCUACGUGAUUGCCGGAGAGUCCGUGUCCUCAGGCUUCAAGCUGCAGAACAGCUCAGCGCUCCCCGUCAAGUUCUCCCUGCAGCUGGACAGCCUGGCCAGCACCAGGGCCCAGGAGCGGCAGCAGCUGCCGCGGUUCCUCACCUCACCCAAUCAGAGGACCGAGGUGGUCGGCACACAGAACCUCAGCGGCCAGAGCGUGUUCAGCGUGGCCCCGGUGGAGGGCGUCCUGGAACCCGGGAGGACGCAGGACUUCACUGUGACCUUCAGCCCCGACCACGAGAGCCUCUACUUCUCAGACCGACUCCAAGUCGUACUCUUUGGAAAGAAAGUCUCGCACCAGAUCCUCCUGAAGGGUGCUGCCCGGGACCACAUGAUGUUCGUGGAGGGUGGAGACCCCCUGGAUGUCCCAGUGGAGUCUCUGGUGGAGACCCCCAUGUUGGACCCCGAGCACAGAGAGGUCAGCUCCCGGCCAGGCCCUCCCUCUCCAGACACUGAGGAGCUGAGGCCCAUCCUGCUGACCCUGGACUAUGUCCAGUUAGACACAGACACACCAGCCCCACCUGCCACCCGAGAGCUGCAGGUGGGCUGCAUCCGGACCACCCAGCUGUCUCCAAAGAAGACUGUGGAGUUCAGCCUGGACAACACCGCGUCCCUGCAGCACAAGGGCUUCUCCAUUGAGCCCUCCCGCGGCUUCGUGGAGCGUGGCCAGACCAAGACCAUCAGCGUCUCCUGGGUGCCACCCGCUGACUUUGAUCCGGACCACCCAGUCAUGGCGUCCGCACUGCUGCAGCUCAGGGGGGAUGUGAAGGGGACCUGCAAGGUCAUCUUUGUAGCCCGGGUGGUCACCAGCCCCUGA